UAAGAAAUUAUACUUCAAAAUCAUUGAGUGGGAAGAAUUCUCUAACAAAGCCCUCCAAAAUUUUUGCUCUUCAAAGGAUCAUACAACAUAUUAGACACCUAAGAUUGUGGCGAAGUAUCCUCCUCUUCAUGCCUGCCUCAUAAGAAGGCAUAUUCGCCAACAUUUGUUUCUCUUUUGCCAAAUAAUUCGUUAAAGUUAAUCACCAAGAUCAUUAAUAAACUACAGCUCUUCACUAACGAGACAUUUGUGUGCCUUUGUUUAUCUUUGUUCCACCUUGUUGGUUUCAUUAAUCUUCAUCAUCAAGGUUUUACCCCGAUGGGUUGAAUGUGUUUGAUUGUGAAACAAGAUAAAAUGUUGAGAAGGGCAGCAACUAAUGCAUAUUCAUGGUGGUGGGCAAGCCACAUCAGGACAAAGCAAUCCAAAUGGCUAGAACAAAGCCUCCAAGAUAUGGAGGAGAAUGUGGCUGAAACCCUCAAAAUCAUUCAUGAUGAUGGGGAGUCAUUUUCCCAGAGGGCAGAAAUGUACUUCAGGAAGAGGCCAGAGCUGGUAGGUUUUGUGGAAGAAGCCUUUCGAGCAUAUAGAGCAUUAGCAGAGAGAUAUGACCAUUUAUCAAAGGAGCUCCAAAGUGCCAACCGCACUAUUGCCACUGUCUUCCCAGAACAAGUCCAUUAUAGAAUUGAUGAAGAUGAUGAUGAUGAAGUAAGUUUCCUUGGAACAAAUUCACCAUCUCAAGACCCCAACAAUCAAACACCAAAACCAGUCAUUCCUAAAGUUCCAAGCAUCCCAAAGAAGGAUUUUAGAAGCAAAUCCAUGGUUCUUGCCAGGAAGGGACCACUGAGGAGGAUUGCUAGCUCAGUAAAAUCUACUCCAACAACUCCAUCUUCAGGGCUGAGUAAGGCUGAAGCACUAGCAGAAGUAGAUAAGCUUCAGAAGGAAAUUUUGGCUCUACAGACUGAGAAAGAGUUUUUUAGGAGCUUGUAUGAAAAUUCCUAUAAGAAGUACUGGGAAAUUGAAGACCAGAUAACAGAAAUGCAUAAAAGAGUUUGCAGCCUUCAAGAUGAGUUUGACAUUAGUACAGUCAUUGAAGAAAAUGAUGCACAGGCUUUAAUGGCAGCCAAAGCUAUAAAUUCAUGCAAAGUGGCCGUGGCUAAGUUGCAAGAAAUACAAGCACAAUCAUCUGAAGAAGCUAAAGCAGCAUACGAAAUGGUUAAGGAAGCUCAUGAAACGUUUGAAACUCUUAGAGACCAAUUUAUUUCUAAACAUUCAAGUCAACAAGACCAAGGAACAGAACCAAAAGGCUUAGAGGAAGAGAUGGCUAGCUUGGAAGAAGAGAUGCAUGGGAAUGAUGUGGGGCUGUUGCAAGACAUGAUUAAGGAAAACCUUGAGGAAGAUUCUGGGAACUCCCUCACUAUGACAGAAAUAGCAGAGAAGAUUGAUGAGUUUGUAAGUAAGAUUGUUACCCUGGAGACUGCGGUCUCCUCUCAGACUGGCUUGGUAAAGAGACUGAGAACAGAAACAGAUGAAUUUCAAAAAAAUAUACUAAGCUUAGAAGAGGACAAGGAAAAACUGAUAGAAAAUUCAGAAGAGACCAAAGAGAAGCUGAAAGAAUUGGAAAAGGAGUUGAGGAGAGUUCAAAUUAUUGAUCAAAGUAUCAAAAGGCAAAUCAGCAGUCUCCAAACACGCUUUAAUGACAGUGGUAAACUUGAACGUCUUUCAGGAAAAUUGAAUAAUGUGAAGCUAGAUGAGGGGGAGAACUUUCUACUUAAUGGAAACAGAAGUGAGCCAGAUGGAAAACUAAAAGAGGAGACUGAAAAACCAGGCGAUAAUUUGCCUACUGAUGACUUAGCAAUCACGAAUGAUGUUGAGACAACAAAGGAGGAGAAGGAAGAAUAUGCUGCAAAUCUCAGUGAUAUCAGAAAUGAAGAUGAUGAGUCCAAUUUGAAGGGAAACAUUGAUAUUAGGACUGAAGGGAUUCCAGCGCUAAAGAUGCAGGAUAACAGUGAUUUGUCUGAGGCGAGGAGUAAUCUUCACACUGAAUCACUUGAUCAGGUGACUGGUGAGGAAGAAGAUCAACCUAGCAGGAGACAGAUGUUUGUGAGUGGAUUAGAUGACCCAGAAAAGAUUUCGUUGGAGGAGAACACAUCCAUUUCAAAGAACUGUAACGAUGAAAAGGUCAAGCUCAAUGAUGUGGAGAAGAAAAAUCUGGAUAGUAUUUCUGAGUUGACACUUCAGGUUAGGGAAUUGAAAGAUGUUGUUGCCACUAAGGAUAAAGAGAUAGACUUAUUACAACAGAAACUGACCAGUUCAGAAACGAAUUGGGGUGAAAGUCCUUGCACCACUCUCACAGAUUAUAAAUAUGCACCACAAGAAGUAAUUAUUAGUGAAGGAACUAACAUGCAGGACACCGAAAAUCCAUCUUCAAAUACAGAUGCAAGUGUAGUUAGUACUUCUUAUGCUGAGCAACACCAAGUAGUUGUAAACACAACAAAUAUAGACAUGACAAGGACCAUAUUAGUGAAGGUGAAAGGAAACCAGGUUGAUACGAAGCCUUCACUUUCAACCUUGGAAAAGAAAUAUCGAUCAGACAUUGAUGAUUUGCUGGAAGAGAACUUGCAGUUCUGGAUGAGAUUUAGCACCUCAGUUCAUCAGAUUCAAAAGUUUCAAAACUCUAUACAGGACUUAAAAGCCGAGCUUCGAAAAAUAAAGGAUACUAUGUCCCGAGAGAAAUUAAACUCCAUAAAAUCGGAAAUAAAACCAAUAUUUAGACACCUGAAAGAGAUAAGAACCGAGUUAUUACUGUGGCUGGAACAUAAUCAAGUGUUGCAGGAAGAGUUGCAAGGUAGGCAUCCAUCUUUGUGUACCUUACAAGAUGAAAUAGCAAGAGCAGCCAAUCCAGAUUCUGCAUCAAGUAAAGCAGAACUAAGUGGGUAUCAAGCUGCUAAGUUUCAAGGUGAGGUUCUAAACAUGAAACAGGAGAACAACAAGGUCUCUGGUGAACUACAAGUUGGUCUCAAUUUUAUGAAGGGACUGAAAAAUGAUAUUGAGAAAAUGCUAGAAGAACUGAGUCAAGAGAUAGGGGUUAACAACAAUGGGUAUGGCCAUGAUCAAACGAAACAGUCCUCAAGUCGUUCUAAAUUACCCUUGAAGUCUUUUUUGUUUGGAAUCAAGUUAAAGAAGCAAAGACAAUCUGUUUUCUCAUGUGUCAAUCCAACAUUGCAGAAACAAAACAGUGAUCUAACAGCUGCUAAUGAUGCCCCCAUAUAG